AUGAAUGCUGCCGUAGAAGAAAAUGUGCCUAGCACAUCGUCUAAGCCAACACCAUCGCCCGUGAAAAAAAAUAAAAAAGGAAAGUUUGUCGGAACCAGUCAGAAAACACUUAUUAUUAAUUUGUACAAAAAGUAUCUACUGGAACAACCAACAAUGAAAUACAUCGAUCUAAUGAUGUCGUUGUCGACUGAUACGGGGUUCGGUUUACGCACAAUAAGAAGUACUGUUAAGGAGUAUAAAGAAACAGGAGUAGUGUCCUCACCAAACAAAAAAAAAAUACGAUCUACAGUUAUUGAAAAAAUUGAUGAUUUCAAUAAGAACGCGAUUCGCCAAAAAAUACACAGCUUUUGGUUCAGACGAGAAAUACCUACACUGAUGAAAGUUUUGGCGGUUAUUAACGAAGAUUCUGAACUUCCAAAUCUAUCUCGUAGUGGUUUGUAUCGGUUGUUAGCUGACUUAAAUUUCGAAUUCACUAAAAGAAAUAGAAAUAGUGCAUUAACAGAGAGGAAUGAUCUGAUAUUAUGGCGUAGACGUUUUAUCCGAGAUAUAAGACGUUAUAGAAAUGAAGGUCGAACAAUUUAUUUCUUAGAUGAGACUUGGGUAAAUGCCGGGGAGUGUACGAACAAAGUAUGGGUCGACAACACCGUAAAAUCGUGCCAUGAUGCAUUCAUAAAAGGACUAACGACUGGGGCCAAGAAUCCUACAGGUAAAGGCAAACGAUUAAUUGUUCUACAUAUUGGUUCAUCUAACGGUUUCGUCGAGGGUGGUCUGCUGUGUUUUGAAUCAAAAAAAAAUUCAGCCGACUACCACGACGAAAUGAAUGGUGAUUCAUUUUUUGAAUGGUUUUGUAGAGUCUUACCUCUAUUGAACGAAAAUUCUGUGAUAGUGAUGGACAAUGCGUCGUACCAUUCAGUGAAAAAAGACCCAAUACCAACAAAGUCUUGGACAAAAAAUAAAAUCAUUCAAUGGUUGCAAGACAAGAAUGUAGAGAUUGACAAAACAUGGCUCAAAAUUGAACUGUUAGACAAGGUUCAACAGUUUCAACCUGUUAAUAAAUACGUCAUUGACGAAGAAGCAAAAAAAUAUAAUAAAAUUGUCCUACGUUUACCACCGUACCAUUGCGAAUUAAAUCCAAUUGAAUUAGCAUGGUCGGUGGUAAAAAAUCACGUGAGGCAGAACAAUUCUACGUACAAAUUGAGUGAUGUACGGCAAUUGUUGAUAGAUGGAGUUAAAAAAGUUUCUCCGGAAAUGUGGGCCAAUUUUGUAAAACACACCAUCGCAGAAGAAAACAAGAUGUGGGAUAUUGAUUGUAUUUCAGAAGAAAUGUUAGAAGAAAAUCCUUCAACCACUCAUGUACUAACAAUAACAGGGGAGACAACUUCGGAUUCCGACUAA